AUGGGAAUCAAGAGGAAGAACGACUUCCUGGCCACAAACGUCAUGCCGGCUAAAGCGACUUUGGAAAUACGUCAACUGAUUGCGGCAGCUAUAGAGACGCUGCAAAUGCCAAUGGAUGCGUUCGGAUCGACUGGAAACUCGGAGAUUGCCAAUUCCAAUCGAAUUCGCAGUCUCGGACUGGACAAACUCAAGCGAGUGCCGAAACUGCAGCCCCCAGGAAGCAUUCACAGCUCGAACUUGGCUCUUCGAUUGUUUUAUAGCUGCAGGAAGGCAAAGGUCGCUACGAAAUGCGCGUCGAAAGAUUCCGAGAAUUCGAUUAUUGACAGUCCACUAAAGUUGGCGGCACUGUGUGUCGAUGCCCUUAACUUGGAGUUAGGUCGACGGCCAUACCACCACAUAGUCCGCGUGUGGCUACCUGAGAAGGAAGAUGUUGCAUUGGGCGCUUUACCUGAUCGCGUUUUGGUGCAAAUUCGUGAAUUUGCUACGUGCAGAAGUAAUGAUGCAAUCUACCCCACUCUAACUGCUGAACUGCCGCUGACGAUUUUGUUUCGAGACGAUGCUAUUAUUGUAGUAGAUAAGCCCGCCAAUGUUUUAAGCAUAGACGGCACCGAUCCAGAUGCUUCAAUGUCUGUCCAUCGCUGUAUUGCGAACGUGUAUCCGGAAGCGCGGAUGGUGCAUCGCCUCGACCAGGAGACGUCGGGUCUGCUUGUCGUCGCGCUGACCAAGUCUGCAGCUCAGAGUUUGAACGCGCAAUUUCGGGACCGAUUGGUCGAGAAGACGUAUGUGGCACGUGUGCAUGGGUGGAUAGAGGAGGAAUCUGAGUCGCCGAGGUCCGUGAGAGUUCCUAUGGAAAAACACCCGAUCCAACCGCUUGUCCAACGCGUAGUUUUGGAUCGCGAAGUUGAUCCAUCUAGCUCGCUCUGGUCCCUCACCGAAUACUGUGUGCGAUCGCGGGCAAUGGAUGAUGGUACUCAAACUGGAGAAGAUCGAAAAUCUACAAUAAUAAACCUUAAACCGGUGACAGGCAAGACCCACCAGCUUCGACUGCACAUGCAGCAUAUCGGGCAUCCUAUCCUAGGUGACUCAUUGUACUCUUCAGAGCUGGUUUAUCACCGUGCCUCGCGUCUAUGUUUACAUGCUGCGAAGCUCUCAUUUGCACACCCAGUCACGACUAAGCGCUUGAGUUUUGAAAGUUCAUGCCCCGCAGACUUUUUCACCACCCAGGAAAACAAAAGUGCUAAGAGUCAACGAACAUCGGUACCUGAAAACAAUACAAGGUUGCAACAAGCACGCUUCUGA